CGCCAACGCCAAGGCCUUGGUUUCGGUUUCGAUUCGGUUUCAGGAAGGAAUGGGAACGGCUUUCUGUCUCUGGUUCCUCUGCUUCCUGGACUUGGUCUUCAUCUUCUCCGAUACUCUCGCCGGAGCUCAACCACAAGUUCCGGCCGUUUACGUGUUCGGCGACUCCCUGGUGGACGUCGGCAACAACAAUCACCUGAAGCUCUCGCUCGCCAAAGCCGAUUUCCCGCACAACGGCGUCGACUAUCCCGGCAAGAAGCCGACAGGACGCUUCAGCAACGGCAAGAAUAUUGCCGAUUUUCUAGCUGAGAAAGUGGGAUUACAGACUUCACCACCAUAUCUUGCAUCGAAAUCUAACAAGAGCGGCGGGUUUCCGAUCACCGGCGUUAGCUUUGCCUCGGGAGGUGCCGGAAUCUUCAACGGCACCGACGAACGAUAUAGACAAUCGAUUCCGUUAACGAAGCAAAUAGAGUACCACUCGAUUGUGUACGAGAAUCUGGUACAAGAGCUGGGAUCCGGGCCUGCGCUGGACCACCUAUCGAGGUCCCUCUUCACCGUCGUGAUUGGGAGCAACGAUCUGCUCGGCUACUUCAAAUCUGGGUCCGAUCUUCCCAAGAAGACCCCGCCACAGCAGUACGUCGAUUCCAUGGCCCUCACCCUAAAACAAGGCCUAAAGCGGAUGCAUGAUUUUGGUGCACGCAAGUAUGUGAUUCUUGGGGUAGGGUCAAUAGGGUGUUGCCCCUCACAGAGGAAUCAGAACAAGAGUGGAGAGUGCAAUGAGGAAGCCAAUUACUGGUCUUCUAAGUAUAACGACGGCCUCAAGUUGAUGCUUCAGGCGCUCAAGUCAGAGCUCAAGGACAUGGACUACUCCUACGUUGACACCUACAAUGUCUUUGAUAGCUUUGUUCAGAGACCUACCACCUACGGAUUUACUGAAGUGAAAGCUGCAUGUUGUGGGUUGGGAAACCUAAGAGCCGAAGUUCCUUGCAUACCAGUCUCCAGCUACUGCUCCAACAGAAGUGACCAUGUCUUCUGGGAUCUCUACCAUCCCACAGAAGCAGCAGCUCGCUUUUUUAUCAACACGGUUUUCAAUGGAUCGCAGCAGUUUGCAAUCCCCAUAAAUGUUAGGCAGCUAAUUGCCGCAUAAACUUAGUGGGAUAAACAACUUUAUACAUGUAAACGGCCUUAUUUCUAUAUCACAGAGGAUAAAACCAUAGCUAUUUUUU